UGUCCACAGGACUGCCAGCCAGCCUGCCAGCCAUGGGCCAGGAUUAUUACGCUGUUCUCCGUGUCACUCACAAUGCAGAGGAUGCCCAGAUCAAGAUGGCGUUGGCUAUGGCCCUUAACUGAAGAUCACAGCUUCUGCCAUGGGCCCUGCCUCUGCACUCUCUCUGGGGCUUCCAGGUACCGGAAACUUGCCCUGCAGCACCACCCGCUGAAGUCCGUGGAGCCAUCCUCAGCAGAGAUAUUCAGGCAAAUAGCAGAGGCCUACGACGUGCUGAGCGACCCUGUGAAGAGAGCCAUCUAUGACAAGUUUGGAGAAGAGGGUCUAAAGGGCGGGAUUCCUCUGGAAUUUGGGUCCCAGAUACCAUGGACAACUGGUUACGUCUUCCACGGCAACCCUGAAAAGGUUUUCCACGAGUUCUUCGGAGGAGACAACCCCUUUAGUGAAUUUUUUGAUGAAAAAGGAAAUGAGGCGGAUUUGAACUUUGGGGGCCUCCGGGGCCGAGGGGUCCGGAAACAGGACCCCCCAAUCGAAAGAGACCUCUACCUAUCCCUUGAGGACUUAUUUUUUGGCUGCACCAAGAAAAUCAAGAUCUCCCGCAGGGUGCUGAAUGAGGAUGGGUACUCCUCUACCAUCAAGGACAAGAUCCUCACAAUUGACGUGAAGCCUGGUUGGAGGCAGGGCACACGGAUCACCUUUGAGAAGGAAGGUGACCAGGGCCCCAACAUCAUCCCAGCCGACAUCAUCUUCAUCGUAAAGGAGAAGCUACACCCUCGCUUCCGAAGGGAGAACGACCACCUUUUUUUUGUGCACUCCGUUCCCCUGGGUAAGGCUCUGACCUGCUGCACUGUGGAGGUGAAGACCCUAGAUGACCGUCUGCUCAACAUCCCCAUCAAUGACAUCAUCCAUCCUAAGUACUUCAAGAAGGUGCCGGGUGAGGGGAUGCCGUUGCCUGAGGACCCCACCAAGAAGGGCGACCUGUUCAUCUUCUUUGACAUCCAGUUCCCCACCCGCCUCACACCCCAGAAGAAGCAGAUGCUGCGCCAGGCACUGCUGAUGUAACUGGAGGGCUGGGCGCCAGGCCUUACCCACUCCCGCCUCCCGCGGCCUCUGGGUGUUCAGGUGAGCCAGCCCACUUGCCCGGAUGUGGCAAGAGGGUGAGAUGGACUUUGAAACUCACAUAAUAAAGAUUUGUUUCCUAUCCUUCAA